AUGCCGCAGCCUAUAGGUACCCUAGUCCACGCACUCGGCCAUAACUGGCUGGGCAAGGCCGACAUCGCCGUCCAAACGGUCCUGCUGGCGGCCGGGUUCGCGGCUGUCGGUCUUCGGCUAUGGUCGAGGCGUUUGCAGCAGACCUCGUGGCAGUGGAAUGACCGGUUGAUUCUAGGCGCUGCGGUCCUCAUGCUUGGUCGCUACAUUAUAGAGCUGGUGCUGAUUCUACUCUGUGGUAUGGGACUACAUUCAUUCGAGGUGGCUCGGUCUGGAGGGGCAGAGGCUUUUGUCCGCUUUAACCAGGUUCCUCACAUAUGCGGGAGACCUUUUUGGUGUACCGUGGUUUGCCUGGUUCAAGUGUCUCUUCUACAUUAUUAUCUCGGCAGAUUUCAGCAGCAGGUCAUCAUGUGGUUGACCUACACCGUGAUGGGCUUGUGUACAGCUCUGUGGAUUGCAACUUUCUUCGCAACAGCCUUUUUCUGUAACCCGCCUAGCAAAGUAUGGUGGGCUGGUGCGCAGGGUCAUUGCGGUGACCGGAAGAUGCUCCAUACUGCCACCGCUGUGAGCGAAGUUAUUCUCAAUGGAUUCAUCCUGCUUCUUCCCCUGCCAAUUGUACGGCAUAUGAGGUUAGCCCGCGCCAGAAAAGUCGCUCUCGGGUUGAUUUACAUUCUGGGUAUCGUUAUAGUUGCCAUCUCGGCAGUCCGCAUCAAGAUCGAGUCCAACCUCGACCCAGAGGACCCAACCUACGGUUCUGCUCGAAAAUCACUGAUAGCAUGCAUCGCCCCUCUUCUUGGCAUCAUUGCUGUCUGUUUACCACUACUUCCUCCAGCUAUUCAACAGCUCUUCGGAACAUCCGUGUUCUGCUCCGCGGCAGACGGACCAGCCUCUGACUCGCCGUCGGCCGGAUACUGGAAGACAACAGUCAUGACAGAGCAAAUGGAAGAGCCCGAAAUCCCUCUCGUGAUAGUGGCACCGCCUCCCAUGGCGAAGAAACUGAGUGAGCUGGCUCACGGACAGAUUAAAAUUACUUCUGAUUGGGAGAUCCACUCUGCGAGGAAUUCCGCGCGGUUGGAUAGGGAUCCGAUACAACAGGGCUCAAAGCUUUGA